AUGCCGGCGAGAAAAAAGAGGGUGAAAAGGCAAAUGGGCUUGCCACGAGAGCGAACAAAUGGACUCAUAAUAGCGGGUGAAAGUACAGAUGGUGAUGCAAUACUCGGUGAUAAUAUGCUCGGCGAUAAAAUGGACGGUGCGAUAGCACCAGGACUUAGAAUUCCGGGACUGAUGACCAAUGGUGACAGGAUAAUGGGAGAAAGUGCACUUGGUGAUAAGACCGCGGGACUCAAGAGCAAUGGAGAGAGAAGUGUGGGAAGGAAGACAGCUGGACUUAAAACAGCGGUACCGAAAUAUGACGGAGAAAAAAGUACCAGUGAAAAUGCUGCAGGUGAAAGGAUAAAUGGUGAAGUUAAUGGAGUAAAAAUACUGUCAACGAAAGCUGAAGGAGAAAGUAUGGUUUGA